GGUUGUGAGUCAGUCGAGCCUGGAAGUCGAACGGAAUCACAACGAAAAUUUUAAAGCGCGUUUCGAAAAACAUAAUUGAGUAGCUGCUAUCAGCAUCGGCGCAAUAAAGAAAAUAUAUUAAAAUUAAAAUAUUAUAAAACGGAAAUCGAAGAUGGCCAAGUGGCUCCUGGGCCUCUGGCUUGCGAUCCUGCUAGUGGAUCGACCCGGGGUUAUAGCUUAUCGAUCAGGCAGCGGCUACCGGAGCGAGCAGUCGGAACCAGUCGGCUUAUCAGCGGGGCACUCGAGUUACGGUGGCGACCAACAGCAGCCAAUUUAUGAGCAAGAUUCGCCGUGUCCGCCGCAUUUUAAGGGUCUGGUUGCGUAUCCGCACGACUGUCAUCGCUUUGUGAACUGCAACGAUGGCAGCCCCUCCAUUCAGACAUGCUCGCCUGGAACGCUGUUUAAUGGCAGGACUCUGGUUUGCGAUCAUCCCAGCAAUGUGAUUUGCCCCUCAGCGCAACCAGAAUCGACUCGCCUAGGACGUCUGAGCCAGUUCGAUGGCAAACCGAAGUGUCGAGCCGGAAUGAAUGGAUUGCAACCGCAUCCGACGGAUUGCACCAAGUUCCUCAACUGUGCCAAUGGUCAGGCCUUCGUGAUGGACUGCGCGCCAGGAACGGCCUUUAGUGUAGCAUCGCUCGUUUGUGUGCACAAGGAUGUUGCCAAAUGUGGAACUGGAGCUCAAGUUGAAAAUGGAGCUGGACAAGGACCCUCGGACCACGGCUAUCCUGCGGGGCCUUUGAACGACUUGGGUUGUCCAUCCGGCUUUCGUGGCCUUCGACCACAUCCCCACGACCAGCACAAGUACUUGCGAUGCGGCAUUGGUGUUAAUCCUCAGGUGGAACAGUGUCCGCAGGGAAUGAUCUUUCAAGGCUCCACUUUGGUAUGUGUGUUUUCUGACUCCUCUCGGACCUCCUCUUCCUCCUUUACCUCUGCUGAGAUUCAGGUCAACUAUCUCCUAUGUCCAGUGGGAGCAGUUGGCCUGUUUGUUCACCCCUUCGAUCAGACCAAGUUCCUUAGUUGUAAGGAUGGUAAGGUGGCUGUGCAAAGCUGCCAGCCCAAUUAUGUGUUCAGCAUAUCGAAGGGCUACUGUCAUCUGAAAGCACAGUUGGCCUUCAGCGACUAUGCUACCUUAAUUAUCUCUGAAGUCACCUAUGAGUAUUCAUUGAUCUUACUUGAAUGCCCUGGAAAUAUCAACGGCCACUUUUUGUAUCCCUACGAUGCUGAAAAGUAUGUUCAGUGCUCGCCUGGUGGCAGGAUGUCUAUUCUUAGCUGUGGCCCCCAGAUGGCCUUCAGUGUCUCCCAAAGGUCUUGUCUUCCUCGUGGUCAAGUGCACAGUACCGAUCGUGUGAAGUUCUGGGAGGAAAUCCAAGUUGAGACUACGUACACUACCCAAAGCAGUCCGACAGGACAGCUCCAAGGCCAGCUGUCUUCUCUCAGAGCGUGCCCUUCCAAUGUCCAGAAGAACUACCCCUAUCCAUUCCAUGCUGGCCACUAUGUAAAGUGCCAGAAUGGAGUAUUAGAGAUUGUUAGUUGUCCUACUGGGACGGUUUACAGCCUGUCCCAGCGACAGUGUGUGACCCGUUACUUUCUCUCUGCCCAUGACUACUUGGUUAACUCAUAUAUCAGCUCUGAACUUUCAACUGAAUUUAUGCUUGAUCGAUCAACUCUAACUUGUCCUCCCCAAGUCCAAGGAUACUAUCUGCAUCCCUUCGAUUGCACCAAGUAUGUCAGGUGCUGGAAUCAGCAGAUCUUUAUUGAGAGCUGCACCCCGGGAGAAAUCUUCAGCUUCUCCAAUCAGAAAUGCGUUCCAACGGAUCAAUGCAAGGGUCCAAACGAUCAUGUGGAAUAUUUGAUCGAUGGACCAGAUUCACCAACUAACCAAGUACCUAGCUACCCAACAAAACCAUCGGAUACUCGUCCACCACCACAGUCAUCCAACCCCUCUUACCCACCUGCCGAGCACCUUACAGACCUUUUCUGUCCAUCUGGAGUGCAGGGACAAUUUGUCCACCCCUUCGACCAAACAAAGUUUCUCCUGUGUCCGACAGAUAAGGUGAUGGUUCAAAGCUGCCAGCCUAACUAUGUGUUCAGCAUAUCGAGGGGCUACUGUCAAUUAAAAGCACAGUUGGCCUUUAACGACUAUGUGACUUUAAUUAUCUCUGAAGCCUCUUAUGGGUAUUCAUUGGUAUUAAAUAAAUGCCCAGGAAGUACCAACGGUAUCUUUUUGUAUCCCUACGAUGCUGAAAAGUAUGUUCAGUGCUCGCCUGGUGGCAGGAUGUCUAUUCUUAGCUGUGGCCCCCAGAUGGCCUUCAGUGUCUCCCAAAGGUCUUGUCUUCCUCGUGGUCAAGUGCACAGUACCGAUCGUGUGAAGUUCUGGGAGGAAAUCCAAGUUGAGACUACGUACACUUCCCAAAACAAUCCGUCAGGACAGCUCCAAGGCCAGCUGUCUUCUCUCAGAGCGUGCCCAUCCAAUGUCCAGAAGAACUACCCCUAUCCAUUCCAUGCUGGCCACUAUGUAAAGUGCCAGAAUGGAGUAUUAGAGAUUGUCAGUUGUCCUACUGAAAUGGUUUACAGCCUGUCCCAGCGACAGUGCGUGACCCGUUACUUUCUCUCUGCCCAUGACUACUUGGAUUACUCAUAUAUCAGCUCUGAACUUUCAUCUGAAUUUAUGCUUGAUCGAUCAACUCUAACUUGUCCUGCCCAAGUCCAAGGAUACUAUCUGCAUCCCUUCGAUUGCACCAAGUAUGUCAGGUGCUGGAAUCAGCAGAUCUUUAUUGAGAGCUGCACCCCGGGAGAAAUCUUCAGCUUCUCCAAUCAGAAAUGCGUUCCAAAGGAUCAAUGCAAGGGUCCAAACGAUCAUGUGGAAUAUUUGAUCGAAACCGAUGCCGAUACGACUUAUGAGGAGGAAGGACCAGAGCACGAAAAGAGCUUGGAUAAUAAUGGUAACAUAAACUGCCCACCUGGAUCUACUGGUCCUCAUGCCCAUCCAUUCGAUUGCACAAAGUUCUUGGAAUGUGCAAAUGGACAGACUUUCGUGAAGAUUUGUGGGUUUGGAACUGCUUUCAGCACUGUCAUCAACAGUUGCGAUUUUGCCAAUAAUGUGGACUGCAACGGAAGAAGCUCUUUACCCGAUCUACCUUCCGUUUCUCCAAGUGACCAGUUACCUAGCUACCCAACAAAACCAGCGGAUACUUUUCCGCCACCACAGUCGUCUAACCCCUCUUACUCACCUGCCGAGCACCUCACAGACCUUUUGUGUCCAUCUGGAGUGGAGGGUCAAUUUGUCCACCCCUUCGACCAAACCAAGUUUCUCCUGUGUCAGUCUGGUAAACUGGCGGUUCAAAGCUGCCAGCCCGGCUAUGUAUUCAGCAUAUCCAGGAGUAACUGUCAGCCUAAGACCCAGUUGGUCUACAGCGACUAUGUGACCUAUAUAGUCUCUGUAAUAAGCAUUGAGCAGACUAUGAUGCUCUCUGCUUGCCCGGGUGGCACCGACGGCCUUCAUCUUUACCCCUACGAUGCUGGCAAAUAUGUGCGUUGUUCUGAUAGCGGUAAGAUGUCUAUUGAAAGUUGCGGAGAGCAAAUGGCCUUCAGUUUGUACCAGCGAGCUUGCCGACCAAGUCGCCUGGUAACAAAGGAAGAUCGUGUCAAGUUCUGGGAGGAGAUAACUUAUACCACUAUGGACAUUCAGGCCUAUCAGUGCCCACCCUCGCUGCAGGGGAACUACCCUUAUCCCUUCCACGCUGGCCUCUUUGUGAAGUGUCAAAAUGGACGUUUGGAGAUUGAGCGUUGUCCCCAAACAGACUUUUACAGUUUACCCCAACGGCAGUGUGUUGCCCGUCAGUUUCUCUCUACCAAUGAAUACGUGUAUUAUACCUUGGAUCAACUCCCGACUGACCUUAUUCAGGACCUCACAACGUUAGCUUGUCCUCCGCAAGCUCAGGGCUAUUACUUAGAUCCUUUCGAUUGCACAAAGUAUCUGAUCUGCUGGGCGAACCAAACCCAUGUAGGAAGCUGUAAGCAAGGCGAAGUAUUCAGCAUAUCGCAGCAAAAGUGUGUCGAACGGGAUAAGAUAACCGAACCUUACGAUCUGGUGGAGUAUGUUGGGGACACUCGAUAUCAGCCACGUUUCCCAACCGAUGAAGGUUACCGGCUACCAACCAGUGGUGUAGCCCAGUAUCCAGGGGGUGUAGAGCCCUCUGCCCCACCAAGUCCUCUGAUGUGCCCUGAAAAGGUUAGUGGGCUCUUUCCUAAUCCAUUUGAUGCCACUGGCUAUCUGACCUGCGUGGAAGGUCACACGUUAACUAGGCAAUGCCAGCCCCUUGAUGUGUUCAGCGUUUCGCAAGGGUACUGCUUGCCAGAGCAGCAUGUCGCCAAAACGGAUCGCGUUCCAUAUGAAAGGAGGCAAACCGAUCAGGAUAAUCCUUUGGCCUGUCCUAGAAGUUCUUUGGGCUUCUUUGUGUAUCCCUUUGACUGUUCGAAGUACCUGAGUUGCGGUCCCAAUGGAAUGGAACUACUAAGUUGUCCGGAACAACAGCAUUAUAGUGUCUCGCUUGGAAUUUGCAAGCCCGUUGAUCAGAUGCUACGUGAGGACCGUUUGUAUACGCUCAGUGAAUUGCAAAUAAUUUACGAGUGGACACAGCGGAUGAAAAUUGAGGGCGCGGAGACCGUCUGCCCCGAGGGAAUAAAUGGUACCCUGCCGCAUCCCAGGUUGCCCAGAAAAUACCUUCGAUGUGGACCAAGCCAGGCCGAAAUGUUCGACUGUCCGGCUCAGCACAUUUUCAGCGUAUCCCGAAGAGUGUGCGAGCUGGAUGAACAACUUCCCAGUGACGAUCGCACCGAUUAUAUAGUUCGGGGUUUAACUUCCGAUUGGAAUAUUCCCUCUAAUGACAAUCGUCAAUCCAAAUCGUAUCAGACUACUGGCACGGAUCAGUUUGGUAACAGAUAUACAACCAGGACGACAACAACAUCGCGGGUGAUUGGAGACCGCUGGUCUGAUAUGAACAUGCAGCGACCAUCAGGUGUUGGACUGGAACAAAACCCUCUUCAUCAGGGAUAUAACUCGGGCUGGUCUGGCCAGGAGACGUCCUACGUUCAGCGUCAACCUUCCCAGAACACUAUAUAUGUGGAGGGAUCACUGCAGCCGAAUCAUAAUUAUCCUACCUAUAAUACUCCGUUGGCUCCCAUAUCACCCAGGCAGCCUGUUGACGAUAAAAAUCCAGAGCACGAACGUACAGUUCCAUCGCGACAAGGCUACAGUCGCAGAAUUGAUCAUGGCUCACCUGGCAAUGGCUGGAAGCCUAUGCCACCACCGCCUCACACGGGUGGACAAAAACCAUUAAAUCUUGACUACACACCCUAUUCUCCUGGUGCCAGGGAACCCAAACACCAACCCCAACCCCAACCCCAAGAUCCUCUGGCCGGACAGAAGCCCAUUGACUUGGACUAUGAUGACCAACAAAAACCCGAAGAUCCCUAUAACGAACUUCAGCCCCUUCCAGGAUCGCCACCCCGUUUUUAUCCAGAUCAAUUGCCCAGUGGCUCAAAGCCGAUUGGUAGACAGCAACCAGUUGACUCGCACCAUUACUCAGGUAAUUUCCCAGACCAGCAAAGGCCUUUAGAUCCUCACAAUAGCCUUCAGGGAUCGAAUGAUCCACCGAGACAUAACCCCAACCCUGGCUUGCCUUUGUAUAAUGAAUCCAAUCCAUAUGGCGAUCGCUUACUUCCCAAACCAGAUCCCUCGGCUAAUGCAAGACCUACUCAUCCACCGAAUCCUUCGGCUUCCCAGACGCCAAUACCGCAAUUGGCUAACCGACUAAACACAUUUCCCGUUUAUCCACCUACUGGUGAUCAAACCCCCCACCAAACCCCCCACUAUAGUCCUUCAUAUGCAGGAAUUGCCCACUCUCGCAAUGCCUCUUGGGCCAAAGUGCCUGUGACAAGUACAACUCCACCCCAAGAUCCCGAUCCCUUUAAUCCUGAAAUGGAUGAACCUUUCUACGACGAUGAUGACUUCACGACCUCAACAGUGCGGCAGGCUUUGGUGCCACCUCCUUUUGAUCAUAAGUUCUACAGUCCCCAGUCGCAGAUUGGUGUUAUUAGUAAGGAUAGAUCUGGCUUUGAUCCCAACUCCCAGGCGGCCAUGAAAGAGGCUCUCAAGCUAAUGCUGCGUCCCUAUUUCAAUCAUAGUGGGAAUGCCCAAGAGAAACUAGCCAAGCUGACUGAAACAGCCAUAGUGUCUGUGAUUAGUAAGCCUCCCACUUCUUCAACUACACCAAAAUCCACGACGACUACUUCAACGACACCUAAAACAGACCUUGACUCUGACGCUGAACUGAUUAAAGCGGGUGAACAGGAGAGCCUGGAUUCCGUUGACGACGACUAUGUUUUUCCAGAUGCCAGGGAGAUAUCCCGAACCGAGCAGACCCUAGAUCCCAGUACCACGUACACCUCGACUGACUUUCAAAGAAGCACCCGCAGGGCGGAGUUUGACCCGAAAACCCCAACCCCAACCACAACCACAACCACAAUAAGAAAUAAUUGGCUUGCGUCUAGUCACAAUCGUGACUAUCACCGACGUCAUCCAAAUCUACCCGAUCCGUUCUCCGAGCACCAUCCCAAUCCCUCUCCCCACCAACACCACCAACACCAUCACCACCCCCAUGAACACAAACACCAUGAGCAUAGUGCCGACUUCCAUCGUCGUCAUCCGGAGCUACCAAAUCCCUUUCCACCAAAGGAUGACAAUAACCAACAGCAGGAGGUGCUGGAUGAAGACUAUGAGCUGCUGGCCAAUACCAAUGCUGAGGAAGUGACUCCCAAACUAGGCAUCCGUUCGAGUUUCGAUCAUCAAUGCGAUUUCGAUUGCGGUAAUGGCAAAUGUCUGAGGAAGGAGCAGGUCUGUAAUGGUCAGAAAAACUGCGAUAAUGGAAAGGACGAGGUCAACUGCCCGCCAUCGGACUACGAGGUGCGUUUAACAGGAGGUGAAGGCCCACAUGCGGGUCGCAUCGAGGUCAAGGCUAAUGGCCAAUGGGGCUAUGUGUGCGAUGACAAGUUCGGUCUUAAGGAUGCAGAUAUCGUCUGCCGCGAAAUUGGCUUUCAGAUGGGAGCCCAAGAAGUCCGUGGUAGCUCUUUUUAUGCUCCCCCUAACCAGGACUUUAACUAUCUAAUCGACGAGGUCGAAUGCCAUGGCAAUGAAACCAAGCUGAAAGAUUGCGCCUUUAAAGGUUGGGGCGUCCACAACUGCGGAGUUGAUGAAGUUGCGGGAGUGGUCUGCAAGGUUCCCGUGAUGAAGUGUCCCAAUAACUACUGGAAAUGCCAAUCUUCCAAGGAUUGCAUUCCAACCGCCUUUGUGUGCGACAAUAUGACUGACUGUCCGGAUAAGUCGGACGAAAGCGCAGCCGUCUGUCAGGCUCCCCCUCAGUACCGUUUGGAGGGAGGACGCAAUGCCAACGAAGGACGCCUGGAAGUUAAACACCAUGGCGUAUGGGGCAGUGUUUGCGAUGAUGACUUUAACCUGAAGGCUGCCCAAGUUGCCUGCAACUCCAUGGGUUUCUAUGGACCAGCGAAAAUCGAGAAAAACAUCUAUGGCAUUGGCAACGGACCCAUUUGGUUAGAUCAGGUUAUGUGUUUCGGAAACGAGACCUCCAUUGAUCUGUGUAACCACUGGAACUGGGGUGAAAGUAACUGCAACCACACCGAAGAUGUGGCACUGCGUUGCACGGCUGGGCCACCACCUCGCAGUCAAAGAUUUUCCCAGAGCCAACUUAAAGGUGGUAGGACGGUGGCAGAGGAAGCCGCAGCCAGGAGCUAUUCUCAAAUAGGCCUGUGGGAGCGAUCUAGUAAGGCCCUGCAUACACCCCGUCGUUGCGGAAUCUUCAAGGACGACCUGACCGAUGAGUAUGCCCAUCGGGAGGAGCGCGUGGUCAGGGGUAAUGUGGCUCAGCGGGGACGUCAUCCCUGGCAGGCCACCUUGAGAACCCGUGGACGUGGAGGAAUCUCCAGCCAUUGGUGUGGAGCAGUGGUGAUUUCCAAGCGCCAUCUCCUCACAGCCGCCCACUGUCUCUAUGGAACUUCUAAGGGAGCCUACUUUGUCCGCGUCGGAGAUCACUAUGCCAAUAUAGCAGAGUCCUCCGAGGUGGAUACGUUCAUUGAGAACUGGUACAUACACGAGGAGUUCCGCAAGGGAACCCACAUGAAUAAUGAUAUUGCACUGGUGGUGCUAAAGACUCCCCUAAAGUUCAGUGACUACAUCCAGCCCAUUUGUCUGCCCGAUAAAAAGGCUGAGCUUGUCCAGGACCGCAAGUGCACCAUUUCCGGUUGGGGUUCCAUCAAAUCGGGAGUGUCCACUCCUGCUCAAGUUUUAGGAUCGGCUGAGCUUCCCAUUCUAGCAGAUAAUGUCUGCAAGCAAUCGAAUGUAUAUGGAUCGGCCAUGGCGGAAGGCAUGUUCUGUGCGGGCUCCAUGGAUGAGAGUGUGGACGCGUGCGAAGGUGACUCAGGCGGUCCGCUUGUCUGCUCCGAUGACGAUGGCGAGACUUUGUACGGCCUUAUUUCGUGGGGUCAGCACUGCGGCUUUAAGAACAGGCCGGGUGUCUAUGUCCGUGUCAAUCACUAUAUCGAUUGGAUCUACGAGAAAAUUAAUGAGAGCUUGAAACGCUUUUAAGUGAACAUAUUUUCUAGCAUUUUAAUCCAGCAUGUUACAUGACUAUUGUUGUUUAAGAAAUUUGUAGUGAGUUUACAAAUAAAGCAGACUAUUUAAAAAAUAA